AUGAUAUCAAAACACUUGACACCAGAAGAAUAUCGAAAUCUGAAGAUAUUGUGUGUCUUCGGCAACACAUCCGUCAUAUACGUGACAAUUGACGACAAAGUAUACGACUUUGGAAACAAUGAGAGCGGAUGUCUGGGUUUGGGCGCCGACAACAAGAACAUACAUCGACCCAAACUUAACCCAUACCUGAGCGGCAAGUGUUUAACUGACAUCCAAUACGGGUACUUGUUUUGCAUCGGAUUGACAGCCAAUGGCCGGUGCUAUUCGUGGGGAGUCAACGAUUGCGGUCAACUGGGCGUCGGUAUAGCGGACAAGCAUUCAGUGCCCCAACUUAUCGGCGGUGAAUUAGCGGACAAACGGGUGACCCGUAUGUGUGUCUCUAAUUGCUUUGCACUGGUGCUCACAGAAUGCGAUCGAGUGUAUGGCUGGGGCCGUAACACGUUUUGCCAAUUGGGUGUCCGCACUGUUGACAACAAGUUUCAACCCGUGCUCAUACAGUUUGGCCACAAAAUAGCGGACAUUUUGUGCGGUAAAACUCACUCAAUAGCCCUGACAGAGACGGGCCGUCUCUACACGUGGGGUAAUAACAGAUACGGACAGACGGGACGGGAGGUAAGGAUAUGGGACAAGACUGGUCUCAGCGAAAUCGUGAGUUCCCCGAAGCUAUUGGAUUUCAAUCCCGUUGUCCGUAAAGUUGUUUGCGGUUCCGAUCAUUCACUGCUAUUGACCACCGAUGGAGAGGUCUAUGCGUUUGGUUUCAAUUCGGAUGGACAGGUAGGCAAUGGCACCACAAAUACUCAGUGUCUGCCAAUCAAAGUCUCGGAUCAGAUUAGAUUCAAAGAUAUUAUGACAAAUACUACGGGCAAUAUAUCUGCGGCCAUUGCUGUUGACGACGAGUACUAUAUAUGGGGUGAAUGUAAAGGCAAACGUAUACUCAGUCCGCAAAAAGUGGACAAAAAUGGAAAAUGGGAUCAAAUUGUGCGCCAAAACGUGAAGCGUUUUCUGGUCAUCACUCGUCACGGGGAUCAACUGAUUUAUGGCCACAAACUUAUACUUAAGAUCCGUAACAAAAAGUUUUGGCACAAAUGCGAACACUAUAUGGACGCCGACGGCAAAGAGAUUCGUGUCAAACACGCCGAUAUUGUCGACCAAUUGCUAACUCUGGCCAACAUUUACGGCGAAGAAUCGCUGGCGAGUCUGUGCUCUCAGUUUAUGAUACAAACCAUUGAUGUCUUCAAUGUGUGCCAACUCUACGCCAAAGCACUGGAACUGAAGUGCGAAGAAUUGGAGACCAAAUGCUAUGACUUUAUGGCACAGAAUAUGAAAGAUAUUUGUUUAACACAAGAGUUCUUGGAAUUUGACGGCGAGUUAGCCAAACAACUCAUUAAUAAUGCAUUCAUUGCUGGCUCUAAUAGUGUCUGA